CGGGUUUGCGGGUGGGGUCAAGGGUCAUAGGACGAGGCCUGCGGCGCCAUGGCGGCCGAUCCCAGCCUGGAGCUCGAUGAGCGGCUUCGGGAGGCGGCGAGUCUCGGGGAUUCUGAGCUGGUCUCGGAGGUGCUGGGCCGCGGGGCCCGAGUGAAUGGGCAGAACGCGGUGAACGGAUGGACUUGUUUGCAUUGGGCUUGUAAACGUGGCCACACCCAUAUUGUGUCCUACUUACUUGCUGCUGGGGCGAAUAAAGACAUCCUGACAAAGAAUGGUGAAAGUGCAGCACAACUGACAGCGAAACGUGAAAUCCGAGCCAUAUUAGGAGUUGAUGAGGAUUCGGAGCCCGUGGUUAAUGGAGAAUCAGCCCUUCCAUUCCUGCCCAACUACCUGGCAAAUCCCUCUUUCCCGUACGUGGAGAAGCGGGAGUCCAAAAGCUCCCAGGCUCCGGCUGUUAGCUCACUGACUGGCCGUAAACCCUCACUGACAUCCCAGCCACAGAACGGCCCACCGGCAGGACCCCCAGCAACUUUCCAGCCGCUGUUCUUUACUGGAGCCUACCCAAUAAACGAACAAGAGCUGGUGUUGAAAGUUCGAGUUCAGAAUCCUACCAUCCGUGAUAGUGACUUCAUCGAGGUGGAGCUGAAUCGGCAGGAGCUCACUUACCAGGCACUGCUCAGAGUGAGCUGUCAGGAGCUCGGCAUCGAUCCUGAGCAAGUGGCAAAGAUCAGAAAACUGCCCAAUACGUUGCUGAGAAAGGAUAAAGAAGUUGCGAGGCUUCAGAACUUCCAAGAGCUGGAGUUUGUUUUACAGAAAGGUGACCCAACCGUGAGCUCUGUGCCAGCAACUCUAACCGAGCGUCCUUGCUACAAUCAAGGGGCAGCGACACUGACCUACUGAGCCAUGAUGGAACAGCCAGCACGGGCAUUAUCACAGCACUGCACAUGAACUGAACACUGUCACUGGCUAUGAAAGGGCACUAGCCCCACACAGCAGAAUGACUUUGCUGGUUGCUGCAUUUUCUGUAAAUGUUAGUCGCAAUGGUCACUGAAUACUCACUAUCAAAAACCAUAAGCUGCCUCUCCCUGUGAUGAAAACUAGUUCGUGUAUCAAAUGCACCCCCUCCUCUCUCCCACCCGAGCUGUUCCAGUGAGGCUGUCAGAGCACAGAGGGCUCAGAAUUCAGGCAGCAGGAAGGAUGUCAGCUGCUCCAGCCAGCCACUCUUUCCAAAGCAGGAGAUGUCAGGACUGCUGACUUCCAGUGGCCACUCCCCUGUCUUCCUCUGCUGUUUGGACAGGUUCCAACAGCGGGUUGAAAUGGGCAGUCCUGUUGCACAGUCCCUUUUGAAGGUAAACCCUGACCACCUUGUCUCCUUAACCUCUGAGCAGUGGAGAUAUAGCCCCUGUGCCUAUCACCCAGUGUGCCUGGUGAUGACACAGAGACUGGGGCUAGGAGGCGUGUGCAGCAUGGUUGGAUUGUAGGCAGGAAUCUAAUUCCAACAAUGUGGUUCAAAAGACCUGGCACAGCCCUCGGAACCAGUGCACAGCAUUCUCCUACCUUCACAUUUUUACACCUGUCCAGGUAAAGCGUUCAGCACCCAUUAUCAAAGCUGUGACUCUUCACUGUCCACACUGUCCAAACCCCAUGCUCCAAGUUAGCAAUAUUUUAAAGAAAUGCUUAAAAUGAAAGACUGACCACUUUAUUUUUUGUGACCAUUGUUCAUCCACUUGUCAGUGAGAAACGCUUCCUGUUCUCACUUCCGGUCUGCUGUUUAAUUCUCUGGAGUUUCUGUUAUUCACAAUAAGUCCCAGAGAAACUUCCCAUUUCCCAACAGAUCCACUGCGGACUCUAACAUCACUUAAGGAACCUAUGCAUUUAGAGAUUUGCAAUAUUUUAUAAACAGCCUUUAAUCUUUAGAUAUUCUUGAGCACUUUUUCUAAUGGUUAUAACCAGGAAUUGAUAUCAUAAUCACUGUAAAGUUAUCAAUAAAAGAAGU